AUGUCGAAAGUAUCGAGAGAUACUUUAAAUGAGGCUGUUGCCGAUAUUCUGAAAGGAUCUCAAGAUAAGAAGCGCAAGUUCCGCGAGUCUGUGGAGCUUCAGAUCGGUCUCAAGAACUACGAUCCCCAAAAGGACAAGCGUUUCAGCGGAUCUGUCAGGUAGCUACGACCUGUUCGAUCAGGUAGCCAGUCAUGGCGGACCCACACCCAGGGUCUUAAAUAUUGGGAAGGCUUUAUGCCGAUAGUUAUCAUAACAUGUCAAGAUUGGUAAGCACGCUUAUCGCUGCUUCAUUUUGACUCGGAUUGAAAACUUGGAAUUUUUUUUUUUCAGACUGAAGUAUGUUCCACGACCAUCGAUGAAGGUGUGCGUGUUCGGAGAUCAACAUCAUCUUGACGAAGCUAACGCAAACAACAUCCCAGCUAUGAGUGCUGAUGAUUUGAAGAAGCUGAAUAAGAACAAAAAACUCAUCAAGAAGCUUGCCAAGGGAUACGACGCUUUCCUCGCGUCCGAGUCUCUUAUCAAGCAAAUUCCCCGUAUCCUCGGUCCGGGCCUCAACAAGGCAGGCAAAUUCCCUUCCGUUGUAACUCAUGCGGAGUCUCUGCAAUCGAAGAGUGAUGAGCUCCGAGCCACCAUCAAGUUCCAGAUGAAGAAGGUUUGUCGGUAAUUCCGUCAUUUUUUAUUUGAGCCUUUCGUUUAGGUUUUGUGCCUUUCUGUGGCUGUAGGCCACGUCGAGCUGUCGCAAGAAGAGCUUGUCAGCAACAUCUCUUUGGCUAUCAACUUCCUCGUUUCUCUUCUGAAGAAGAACUGGCAAAACGUCCGCUCUCUCAACAUCAAAACGACCAUGGGAAAGCCACAAAGACUCUAUUAA